UUUUCAUGUAGUUUGUGAAUUUGAACUUCCUCGAUGUCAAGCAUAUAGCUUAUAACUAUAUCCUCUUUCUCAUGCGCAUGACACAACAUUUGCAAUUUUUCUGACUAUAAAUAAGAGCAAUUAAAGAACAUUUUCAAUCAAACGGAUUCAAAGCAGGAAAAAGUAUCUUUGAAAAAUCUUAAGAAAAACAGUUACAAAACUGACAUUGAAAGCGACAUCAUGAUGCUCAAAAUUAUUUUCUUCACUUUGGCAAUUACAACAUCCUUAGCAUCUGCAGGCUGGAACACAAUCGCGUCCAAUUUGUGUGUAAAACCCAGCAAUGAUCAGUACAAAGAAUUUACAUUCUCGGGGUCAUCAACCUUCAUAAUUGCAGUGAGAUUGAAAUAUGUCAGCGGGAAAAUUGGUUGCCAUUAUACGACAAACACGAAUUGGGGUUGUCAUGGGUCGGGCAAAACAAUCAACAUGAUAAUCACAGACACGAGAAACAAACGCAUUUUCCCCUCACCAACUUUUGUCACACCCGGCACUGGUAACUGGUAUGAAUUACCUGGAUACACAGAGAACUCAUCAUCUCUCACAUUCGAUGUGCCAGGCUACAAAUGGUUGUACAAUGGUCAAAAUUCAGAGUUUGGUACGGAGAAGAUCUGGCAGGCUAUACAGAAAGCGACAAUCGUGGACAAACUUGUAUGGAUGUAGACAUUUACACUUUAUUUUGAGUUCUUUGUCGUGAAUUUAUUGGGAAAACUUAAUUUAGUUUCUAGUUAUGUAAACCUGGAAGGGCGUUCAAAAAAUAUAUUCUCUUGUAAUCUUAUUUAA